AUGAAUAACAUAAAUUAUUUUGGUUAUGCUAGUAAUCUAAAACAAAGUUUAUUUGAAGAAAGAAUUGGUAAUAAUCAUCCUCUUAGCGUAAAUAUUGCUCGAUUAAUUGAUUAUCAAUUUCGUUUUAAUCAUCGUCAAGAAAAUGGAGAAGGAAGAGCAAAUAUUAUGGCUAAAAAGGGUUCAUAUGUAUAUGGACUUGUUUAUCUUAUAAAUGAAAAACAUCUUGAUUAUUUAUUAAAAACUGAACCUGGUCAUAAAAUGAUUAAAAUCAAUAUUGAACUUGUUAAUGAUAAUAAAAUUAUUGAAGCAAUAACAUUUAUAGAUGAAACAACAAAUGAAGAAGAUUUUACUCCAUCGAAUGAGUAUCUUCAAACAAUUAUUAAUGCUGCUAAACAACAUAAAUUUCCUCGAGAAUAUAUUGAUUAUAUUAUUUCUAUUGCAAACAUUAAACAAUAA